UCACCUCUACUACCAAGUUGGAGUGAGCCAGGUGGCAAGGGUGUGAGGAGAGAGAAGUAAGUCAACUAGUUAGAGAUGGCUAUCAACUCAACUUGUUUAGCCAGUUUCAUGUGUAUCUAUUGAAAGCUCAUGUCUCAGAAUAGUUGCGAUUCAACCAAUAAUUGUCUUGACAUUUGGUGCUGGGAGAUGUCAAAAGACUUCUUGUCUACGAGCAACCUGGCUACUAGUGUGUUCGCAACAGGUUCGCCUCUGCCGGACUGAUAACGUUACCCUUUCCCACACCGCAGUUCGAUUGACGAAAAUUAUUAGGUCCCUGGUGAAAGGUACGGAUAAACACGACAGGUGGAUGGAUUUCUCAGUGAAGCACCUACUCCUUACUCCAGUGUGAUAUGACAUCACUGAGUGGUUACCACAGAAACCAGGGCUCCACUGCAGACGGUUGACAGCCAGUUAAGUGUUUUUCCACAGGGAUGGCUGCUAAAGUGGAGGUGCAGACUGGGGAGGUGGAAAGGAUUUGUGUAGGGGGACGACUGCACCUCAGCCCUCUGUCUGACUCCAGCAACAAGAGCCUCACGGAGGGUCCCUCCAACACCCAGGCCUCCCUCAUCAUCACUCCAGAGCCUAGUAAGCCUGUCCCUACACCCAAACCACGGCUCACUCCCAAACCUUUCACUGUGGAGAAAAACCCCACCAUCCGGCCCAUACUUGCGCCUAAGCCUAAUACCAACCCCCGACCAGUGCCCACUCGCCCUACUUCUUACAAACCUGACUCACCCAGCACCCCAAAACUUCAGCAGCCGAAUGUCACCAGCAAACACAGGCCAGGGCCGACCAACCCCAGCUGUCCAGCUCCUAACUCCUACAAACCCUCUCAUAAGUUGAGCAUGGGACAAACCACGAAGCCUGUAGCCCAGCCCUUCAAACCCGCCCCUCUUCUAACCCUUGGGGACCCCAGCAAACCAACUCCCUCCCAACCGGUGCGACGUCAGAAGCCAGCUGCGGCAGGCUUGUUCCCCUCACGGGGCCCUAAGAAACCGCCUUCAGCAGAAUGGUCCGGAUCCACCAAACCGGAGAAGGAAAGGAACAAAACAGCAUCCAGUAUCAGAGCUGGGGCAGCCUCUAUGACCAGAGCCAAGUCUAUGGGCUUCCUCAGUCAGAUAGGGCAAGAUGAGGAGGAAAGGAAGGGGGAUGAAAGGCCCACGGUCACAGUUCAACUCCGAUCCCAGUCUAGAGCCUCCAGGCCCAGACCUGUGUCGGCCAUCUUCCUGCCCUCUCCCACUCAGGCUGAGUCGCCCACCCCAGCUGCUCGCUGGGCAGUGAGACGUCCCCUCUCAGCCGACCUCACCUCCAAGUUUGAGUCCAUUGGUCUGUCGCUGCACCACGGCCGACCUGCCAAGACCGACAGCAAGGAAAACACUCCAGGGGAACCGCUACGGAGGACAGAGAAGAAGAAGGGAGCAGAGGGGACCAAUGUUACACCAGCGGCCCCAGACAGCAAGCCUUCAGCCCUCGUAGGAGGGAGAGAGAAGAAAACAGAGGAAGAAGAAGAGGAGGAGGAUGAUGAGGGAAAGGGUGGAGGCAGCAUUAAGAGACGGAUCAGUCUCUUGCUUGAUUCCUCCACUUCUUCCUCUCCUGUGGUUCCUCUCCGUGUUGCUGCCCAAAGACCAGGGUCUAACUCUCCAGUACAGCCCAUCCAAGAGGCAGAUGUAACAUUGGAUGGUGUUAAACAGCGAACCAGGAAGCUUACUGAAGAUACUGUUACACCACCAGCCCAGACCCCUGCUGUUAAACCACAGUUCAAGUCCCACCCUCUGCCCCCUGACCUGACCAAAAGGCUUGGCUCUGAGAGGUCCACAGACCUCGGCAGUCCCUCCCCCAAUGAGGCGACAGACCGCCAUGAGAGUGACACUGAUCCUCAAAUGAGGGUGGAGGACUCCGUUUACACCUUCAGUGACCCAAAAAAGGUGGAUGACGACAUCCGAGGCAUACAAGAGCAGCCCACCCAGACCACCUCUGACCCUUCAGCAGUACUGACUGAGGCAGGGCGAUGGAUGGAGAGCUGCCCCAGCAGUGGGGCACAGACGGUGCGAGCAGCCCUGUUUGAGAAUGUGGUGGAGAGACACAGCGUGCUGGUGAUGGAGGAGGAUAGGGCACAGAGUGCCACAAAGGGCUGUCCCAAGAGAAGUGUGUCCCUCAAACUUGGGAAUGGGGAGAACGACGGGACCCUGGUCACCGCCACCUACCGCAAGCCUGUGUCUCCCUCCAGUCCACUUCUUGUAGAGCACUUGUUUGACACUGUGCAGGCGGUGGGAGAGAGGAGAGCCGUUAGUGAGAGUGUCCCUUUGGCUCAGCUCGAGGACAAAGCCAUGACCCUCCGUUCCAGGCGUUCUGAGGGGAAUCGGUCAGCCAGUGCUGAGCCAGUGGAGGAGAGGCAUGCUCAGGUCCAAGGAGUCCUCAGUUUGGCUCAAAGGAGAGCACCAGCCUCCCAACAGGAACAGGGACCAUACUACCUGAGGGUUGGAGCUCUGCAGAAGUGGAAUACCACUGAGAUGGAUAGGGAGGCAGAGGUAGAGAAAGAGAGGCAGAGGGAAGCGGAGAGGGAGAGAAAGGAGGAGGAGAAAGAGAGGCAGAGGGAAGCGGAGAGGGAGAGAAAGGAGGAGGAGAAAGAGAAGCAGAGGGAAGCGGAGAGGGAGAGAAAGGAGGAGGAGAAAGAGAGGCAGAGGGAAGCGGAGAGGAGGAUGCAAAUGGAUGUAGACAGGGAGAAGCCAAGAGAACAGGAGAGGGAGAGAGAGGAAGUGGCAGCACCGAAGCGGUUGAAAAUGCUGGAGGCAGAUGAGCAGCCACCCAAGCCCAGGGCCACCUACUUUGCUCUGACUGGUCAGAUCCAGGAAGCUGUAUCCGUUGGGGACGAGGAAACCGAGAGAGGGAACGUGGAAGUUCCCUUUGACAAUUUCUCUAUGAAGUCUGGACAUUGGGGCUCUCAAGGGAAGGUCUUACAAGUACGAAGGAACCCCUCUCUAGAUGAAGCUUUUGGAAAAAGCUCCCAAGGUCAACAACAAGAAGAACUGAUGGAGCGGAAUCAAACACAGGAAAGGGAGAGAGGAACGGCAUGGGACAGACAGACAUGGAGCGAGGAGCUGGGAAUAGAACAACAAGUAGACCUUGAGAAAGUAAAAGAGUUGGAGAGGGAGAAAGAAUGGCAGAGGGAGAGCAAGGAGUUUGAGAGGGAGAAAUGGACACAGCUGGACAUGGAGAGACAGAAACCGUUAGAAUAUGCUAGAAAGAGAGAGAAGGAAAAGCUAAAAGAAUUAGAAAGAGAGAGACACAAUGAGUUGGAGAACGAGAGACUGAGUGAGAGACAAAGACAGCGAUGGCACGAGCUGCAGAGGGAGAGACAGAUUGAGUUGGAGAGACAGAAAGAGUUUGAAAAGGAGAGACAGAGACAGUUAGACUUAGAGAGACAGAAAGAGUUUGAAAAGGAGAGGCAGAGACAGUUAGACUUAGAGAGACAGAAAGAGUUUGAAAAGGAGAGACAGAGACAGUUAGACUUAGAGAGACAGAAAGAGUUUGAAAAGGAGAGACAGAGACAGUUAGACUUAGAGAGACAGAAAGAGUUUGAAAAGGAGAGGCAGAGACAGUUAGACUUAGAGAGACAGAAAGAGUUUGAAAAUGAGAGGCAGAGACAGUUAGACUUAGAGAGACAGAAAGAGUUUGAAAAGGAGAGACAGAGACAGUUAGACUUAGAGAGACAGAAGAAGUUGGAGAGAAUUAAGGAGAUGGAGAGAAAGCAAAUGUUUGAGUUUGAAAAACAGAAGCAGAAUGAGAGAGAGAGGCAACAGCUUCUGGAGCUUGAAACGCAGAGACUAAGAGAGAAAAUGGAGAGAGAGGAGCAGGAGAAGAUGAGACAGCAAGCCAUACAACAGGAGGAAGACAGACAGAGAGAGUUGGAAAGGGAAAGAGUGCAAGAGUUGGAGAGAGAGAGGCAACGCGAUCUGGAAAGACAAAAACAGAGAGAGUUGGAGAGAGAGAGACAACGCGAUCUGGAAAGACAAAAACAGAGAGAGUUGGAGAGAGAGAGGCAACGCGAUCUGGAAAGACAAAAACAGAGAGAGUUGGAGAGAGAGAGGCAACGCGAUCUGGAAAGACAACAGAGAGAGUUGGAGAGAGAGAGGCAACGCGAUCUGGAAAGACAAAAACAGAGAGAGUUGGAGAGGCAGAGACAGAAACAGUUGGACUUUGAGAGACAGGAAUUGGAAAACCAGAGGGAUAGAAAAAGGGAGUUAGAGACAGAGAGACAGAGGGUAGAAGAACUGGAGAGAAUAAAGGAGAUGGAGAGAAGACAACUGUUUGAGUUUGAAAAACAGAAGCAGAAUGAGAGAGAGAGACAACUGCUUCAUGAGCUUGGAAAGCAGAGACUAAGGGAAAAUAUGGAGAGAGAGGAGCAGGAGAAGAUGAGACAGGUAGCCAUACAAGAGGAGGCAGAGAGACAGAGAACCAUGGAGAGGCAGAGGAGAGAGAACCAGGAGAGGGGGGUGCUGGACUCUUUACCUCUCAGACCUAAAAUGCUGGAUCUAGACUCUGGGUGCUGGUCUUUGGGUGACCUGCACUCCAGAGGCAGUCCCCACUCCCCUAGUGUCCGAUGGAAGCAGCCCUCUCCCUGGGCAGAUGACCACUACAGACCUGGUAUCCUGGACAUUGACUCAUUCAGGUCCCAGACCGAGACACAACCCUCGCCCACUAGAGAGGUGUUCCCUGUUACUGGCAUCCAGGGCUCAGACCCAGGUAAUGGGGUGAGAUCCCACCCCCACUCUCCAGAAAGGGAAGGUGGUUAUAGGAUGGCUCCCGAGGGCGCAGUGGGGCGACCCAGUACUGUGUGGACCCCCUCUCAGCAGGAGCUGUGGGAGCAGAGGCUAAGCAUCGACGAGGAAUCAGUGGAUAGGCCCAUGGCUGGACCAGAGCCACCCAGGAAGCCUGCCAAUAAACCCAGCCUGGAGCAGCUCCUCCACGGGCUGGAGGACAGGGCCACGGCCCCCAUCCUGGUCCCAGAGAGACGCUGGUCUGGUAUGCCCAGUGAACCAUCCUUCCCCAGGAGAGAGCCCCACAGCCCUGGGUCCCCCAUGGAGCAGACCUGGUUCCCCCAGGACUCAGAGCCCCAGGGGCACAGGGUAGAGGCCAGAGGACAGAGGAGAUCUCAGGGCUCCCAGGAGCUGAACCGGAUGAGGUCUCGCAGCGUGUCCCGUAGAUCAGCCCCGUCUGACAGUGCUGUGGAGGGGAGCCUUUCCAGAAUGAGGAGCAGGAGUACACAUAGAGAGAGAGGUGGACAGAGUUGGGAGCAGUUGAAGCAGAAUGUGGACGGUGAGGAGGGGAGGGACAUGGACACACUGGUCCAUGAGACGGACAGUCAGUACGGGACCUGGGAGACAGGACUGCACACUGAUGAUAGCCUGACUCCUGCCACGCCCACCUCAGACAGCCAACCCAGUCAGUCCCCUAGGAAACCCACUCCACUUUACACGCCAGGGGAACAUGUCCACACCCCGCCCAGUGACCUCGACACUCCAGACGGCUUCUCUGCCCAGCCCGAGAUACAACCACUCCCCUUCCCUGAGGCCUCCACCAGCCUACUGGACUCCAGUGCUCUGCGCUCCAGGGUGCAGUUGAGUAAGAUGCGGGGGCCACGUUCACGCCCCUCCAGGGUCUCUCGUCAGACUGCUGCUCUGUCUGUACACCCAGAGGGACAGGCCACGCCUACUGAGGACUGGCGCUCUCGAGACUCCACAGAGGACAAAGUGGAGUCUUCCAAGAAGGACUCAGACUCUGAGGAGCAGACGAGAGGAGCAGACCCCCACUCUGCUGCUGCUUCCUCCCAGCCCCAGAGAGUCGCCCUCUUCCCUGGGAUGGACCCGUCUGCCCUCAUGGCCCAGCUCAAGAAGAGAAGUGACUCUGACAUUCAGACAGAGGGACCCUCCACUUCUCCCUCCCAGUCAUCCCGUUCUCCUAAAUCCCCUUUCCUUCCCCGGGCGUCCCGUGUGCUGCCCCCCUCCGGAGGGAAAGAAGAUGGUGAAGAGGCCUCACCACAGUGGCUGAGAGAGCUGAAGUCCAAGAAGCGCUUGAGUCAGUAUGAAAUUGACAGCUAAGUGUGAAUGAUCAAGUGAGCUCUCUACUCACAAAUGUUCCUCAUUAUGAAUCAUUCUUUAUCAUAGGGUGUUGUAUGCCAUAAAACUGACAUUUUACCACAUUUUCAUAAUUAGACAAUAUUCUAGUGUCUGUUUUGCUAAUACGUAACCGUAAAAUGCUGAUGGCUUAUAUCAUCCCUCUGUAGGUUGCCUUAACUGAAGAAUCUGGUGGAGAAUCGGACAGUAGCCUUAACCUUGGACCCUGAGAAAAUGGGAAUUCUGCUGCUGACAUUGUAAUUCGUCAUCUGUUUGUUUAUUUUCUCUGUUGUCUUCCUGCCUGGCUCAAAUCUAUGUGCAUGGUGCCUUCUUACAGACAACCUCGGUCUUAUGGGUGAAACGAGCAAGGGGCUGCUCUGCUCAGAGCGUCCAGUUCACUGCUAGCUCCUCCACCUCCUGUGUCAGGGGGGUCUUUGCAUAAAGCCACUUUACCCUCCCACAUGACAGGGGAGACUACGGAAAAGGGGGGGGAUCCCAUUCUCUCCUGUCAGGUUGUUGUAUUUCAUUAAUGGUUAACUUGUGGGACCACAUGCCUCUUAACCUGGAAGUGCUUCAAUAAGCUGGAAGACAGUAUAGCACCUCCACAAGACAUAUUUGUAUUUUGUUUUCUCUUUUUAAAUAUAAUUUUCAGGUUAGUCUAUGCGUUAACUGUAUCUGUCAGUGGAGGAGCGUUGGAAAAUAUUUCUGAUUUUAUUUUUUGUCAUGGAUCAUAGAGAACAAAACACUGCUGAACUAAUGGGCAGCCAGGGUGUGUUAUGUGUUACUAAUAAAUAUGGUAUCUGUAAUCAUGAAAUGUUAUAUUUGUAUUGUUGCUAAUUUGAAAGCUGAAUCAUAACAUGUCAGAGUGCUGGGUUUGUAUGGAGAGCAUUUAAAGCAUCACUAUAGCAGAGGCCCCCAACCCCAUUCCUCUGAGCCACUCAGUGACUGAUGUCAUGAACUAACUGAGAAUCUGUUGUGUUGACAUCAUGCAGUCCCUUUAAACUUAUGGCUAAAGAGGAAUGCUUUGUGUUCGCUGUUUUUUCAAUCAUGUCUGAAUCUGUUUCUACUGGUGGGAAAGGGGAGGGGAAGGGUUAAUCAACAAUGGAAAUCUACCUCCAUCUCAAUUACACGCACACACACACAUGCACGCAUGAACACUAAUCAGCCUGUUCUUCCUCCCUUCACCUCCACUUACCUCUUCAGUGAAAGAUCAAAUGAUUGUGUGUGUAAUACUGAUGGAUGAGUGAGUAAGGAUUGCAAGGAAAAUGUACAUGUUACCAAUGAGCCAUACAUUCAAUGUGCACUUCCUGGUUUCUGUUUUACCAGCAUGUCUGCAACACAUCUCCCAUUUAGCGACCUCACGUGCAUUGUCCCAUCAUUGUUUGGAAAAGCAUGUGCAUGCACAGUCUCUGGUCCUUUUCAUCAUGCUUUACUCAGACACUUAACUGAAUGGCCACACCAAGUAGCAGUGGUACAAUCACAGUCUGGAUAUCAUGGCUUCAUCCACAACUGUAAUGGUCCCAUUGUGCACAUGGUCUGUGCAGCGGUGUGGAUGUAUAGUGGAAUGGUAGGAGUACGGCUUCCACUACCCCAGUGGGGAAUGCAAGUGAAGUAUAUUGUUUUGAGACGAGGGUGGUAAUUUACCCUUUUCUUCUGCACGUGACUUGGACUAUUUGCACCAGUUGUUUUAGGGCUUGUUUGAGCUGACUUAAGCCAUUCCCCUGACCAUGUUAGCCGUGCUCCACUGUCCCACUACUUCCACUACAGCACUGACCGCAUAUUCCACAUUUUCGUAGGCAGACGUUGGAACGCUAAUGCAAUGAAUGUUUUGAGGGAAUUUUUAGAGUUGUCCCUUUGGUGUCUGUCCAUGGCGUUUGGCUUUGUCAUUAUUUUUUCUCUUUCUCGUUUUAUUUGAAAGUAAAAUGUAUAUUGCACUGUUGUAAGGCCGUUGUUCAAAAGUGUAAAUUCUCAAUAAAAUGUACUGCGUUAAGCUUC